AUGGAGAAUGAUUCCAAAUUGCCUCUGGCAGGCUGUUCGACAGCUUCGCCGAUUGUGACGCCACCGGAGGAACUUCGGCCAAACCCCAUGGUGAAAUACUAUCAGCUGCAGACCGUUGAUGUUCCUAGACAGGGGCCCAAAAAGAAGCCAACAGAAUCUUUACCAACAUACUUUAUUAUGCUGCAAACGGAAGAGUGGCACACUCGCUAUAAGAAGAACAGGCAGCAGAUGCACGCAGUCGGAGCUCUUGCCCCGAUAUUGGUUUCUGGAGCAGCCAGCAUAGCCUGGAGCGUAGGCCUGCAGACUCCAGACAUCGAUCAAGGACCAACUUUUACUCCAGAUUGGUUCAUCGCCGCCAUCAUCGGUGCGAUAAUCAGUAUGUUUUGGGCCAAUCGAGUACCUACGAGGCGUGUAGCUCAAUUGGCUACUGGGCUCAUAAUAACCGCCGGUUUCCUAUUUAUCUGUAGCGAGAAGGAAAUGAAAUACAUUCGGGCUGCUUUAUAUAUUGAUGGCUUAGCCAAUGGUCUUGUGUUUGCACCGAUGAUCGCCUUAAUUGGCGAACUGACGGUGUUCUACAUGCGCGGCUUUGUGGCUGCUUUCAUUGAGCAGUUUUGUCCUUGCAUUGGCAUUUGUGCGCAGGUCAUCUAUCCGUAUUUGUGGAAAUCAACAUCUUUGGAACAUCUGGAACACGACGGUCUGCACGGUGCCAUUGGAGUUCUAUCCGGCAUUUUUGCGAUGUCAUUGAGUACAUUCUUUAGCAAGGAAUCGCCUGUAAAGUUGCUAAUUAGGGGCAAACCACUCUAUGCUAUGGAAGUGCUGCGACGUGUUCAAGCUCCUAACACCUUAACCGAGGAGCUCUUCGAGCAGCAGGCGGAAAAUAAAUCCUAUGUGAUGGAGAGCCGGCAACUUUCAACAUAUCGGAGCAUAACUCAAGCCCUGCCCGCGCUCCUUCGUCUUUGCUGUCUUCGCGCCCUACAUGCCAUGAGCCUAGCUAUUUUUAUAGUCCUUUUUCGAACCAAUUACGGUGAUAUUAACCAUUUGGUCUGGUCGUAUCCCAUCUUGGGAAUAUUCCGUAUAUUUGGAAAUCUAAUCACCAUGCCCAUCAUGGAGCUGAUUGGACACAGAAUUACUACACUUAUAGGUCUGCUCCUCUACGGUAGCAUGGCCUUUAUAAUGACAAGCUUUGCUAGAAACUGCACAUAUGGUAUGGUCCUAGUUUCUUUAUUGCAAACAUUCUCCGCAUUGGCCUUCACUGCCUCGCCAGCUUUUCUCUCUGAAGCCUAUCCAAUGGCCAUCAAAGAACAAUUCAUAGCACUCACAUACAUUGUUGAGAUGUCUGUAUACAUUUUUGUUUACUCAUACUUCACUGACACAAAAUCUUGUACAAACUAUCUGUAUCUCAUGAGCAUAUUUACGUUGUUGUUCUGUUUGUUGGCUGUUUGGAUCCUGCCGGAGACCAAAAGAACUACGCUGCGCGAGGCACUGGAGAAAUUUAAAGGAUUUGUGAGCAAACGAAUUCAUUAG